AUGAAGGAUAUUGAUGCUGCCCACCUAUCAAUUGUGCUAGCUGAUCACAGGGUCCUUUCUGAAGGGGCCGGUAUUGGAAAAAAAUUGGGGGCGAUGGAUGCUUAUGCAGAAGUAGCCACCAUUGUCAGGAAAUAUGGAUCUAUGUAUUUGCGCCUUGGUGAUCUCCAGAUGGCAGUAGAAUAUUAUGCACAAGCUGCUGCUGCAGUUGGUGGUGGGCAGUUGUCAUGGACUGGUAGAGGUAAUGUUGAUCAGCAAAGGCAGAGAAACUUGAGGUUGAAGCAUCUUCUAACUGAAUUGUUGUUAAGGGAUGGAGGUAUAUAUCUAUUGCUUGGUGCAAAAGGUGCUGGAGAAGAGGAGAGUUAG